AUGAUUGACGGGCGGUUGUGUGUCACAGCGUCUCCAUGGCAACAGUUUUUAUUGGUCAACAAACAUUCUGUUCAGAAACAGAUUAUUGAACAUUCCAGACCUCUCCAUGGAAACAAAGAAUCCCCUCUAGGACUCAGAGUCUGUCACAGAGACCCUUUAUCAGCUCAAAGGUACAGGCCUCAGAGACCCUUUGUCAGCUCAAAGGUACAGGCCUCAGAGACCCUUUGUCAGCUCAAAGGUACAGGCCUCAGAGACCCUUUGUCAGCUCAAAGGUACAGGCCUCAGAGACCCUUUGUCAGCUCAAAGGUACAGGCCUCAGAGACCCUUUGUCUGAGGCAGCAGGAGCAGCAGAAGGUGAAGCAGCAGGAGCAUGAGGAGGUGCAGCAGGUGAAGCAGGAGGUGGUGAAGCAGCAGGAGCAGGAGGAGGGGAAGGAGCAGGUGAAGCAGCAGGAGGAGGUGAAGGAGCAGGAGGAGGUGAAGCUUCAGGAGAAGGUGGUUCCCGUGGACAGUCGGGGGGAGGCCCUUCUCUCCGCUCUGCACUGCCCCACACACUCACCCUCUCCCCAGGACAGAGGCAGCCAGCUCAGCCUCCUGGAGGAAGACGACCUGCUGCACUGCUCCACUGAGGACCUGAGCAAACGGUGGCGCGUGUCUCGAGCGGUGGAGCCGUCGUCGUCGUUCUCCAUCGCGGCGGCGCUGCCCGUGCCCUGCUACAGCUCUCUGAUGGAGGACAUGUCCAGCUCCUGCGUCCACAGCGAGGAGCCGUUCUGCCAGAGCCACUGCAGCUCUCUGCUCCUGGCCCAGCAGCUCACCCUCAUCGAGCAGGAGAUCUUCCAGCGCUGUCACCCGGUUCAUUUUCUGAACUCCAGGACUCAGGGCGUCACGGACCACGCCCUGAGCACAAACAAGAACGUGUGCUGCGCUGUGUGUCCAGCAGAGGGCAGUGGCGCUCUGUGCUCUGACCACAGCUCCCUGCAGGGGCUGCUCGUGCACUCUGAGCGCGUGUCUCAAUGGGUCUGCGCUGAGGUUCUGCUGUGCGACUCUGUCAAGGCCCAAGUGGCGUUGCUGACCAAGUAUCUGUGGAUCGGGAAGCACUGUUACGAGUCCCGCAACUUUGCCACCGCAAUGCAGAUCCUGAGAGGCCUGGAGAACGUGAUCGUCAGGCAAUUACCUGCCUGGAAGCACCUGCCCACCAAAGUGUGUGAAGUCCUGGAAGAGCUGAGGGCCGUGCAGGUGUUCUUGAAGAGUGACGACCUGUGUCUGAUGGGAGGAGAGCGGCUGAGGAGGAGGCCCACGCUGCCCUCGGCUCACAUCCUGGCCCUCCACGUCCAGCAGCUGGAGAUCGGAGCCUUCAAACUGACCACCGGAGCUUUCAAGUGGAACAAGCUCAGGAGGAUCGCCAAGGUGGUGAGCCAGGUGCAUGCCUUCCAAGAGGCCCUGUUCCCUUACAGUCCAGACCGGGACCUCCAGUCGUACCUGCGGGUCCGGAUCACCAGGACGGGCUCCGCAGACAUCCAGCAGCUGGCCUCGGGGAGCCAGGCCAAUUUCCAACAAACCACGGAACGCCAGGCUCGAAGGAUCCACGACACACUGCGAAGAGUCAAGGCCAGUUUCCAGUGA